AGCUAGCAGAAGGUGAGAUGGGGAUGGGACGUCCCUAUAGGGCGCCGGAGUAACAGAAUAUUAUUCUGUUACUAGUAACAAAAUAGUCCAGCCUAUAUAUAUAUAUAGACACACACGCAUCUGGGCUAUUCUGUUACGCGUAACAGAACAUUGUUGAAUUGAUGAAUUCGAGCUGUUAUACUGUUGAUGUCAUUUCAUUGAACUGGUUGUUUUUAUUAAAAGGGUAAAUAAGAGCUCCCUCCCGCUCUCUCCCCAUUCUGUCGGCCACUCCAGCCGUCGACCGUGCUGCUCGUGGCCAAUCCCUCCACCCGCCAGCCUCCCUCCCGGCAACCCCGACCCCAUCCUAGGUGCGGCGAUGGGUGACGGUGGCCCUGAACGGUGGCGGCGCUCGCGGGGGCGGCCGCCGGCGGCGACAUCGCAGGACAUCAACGCGCCUAAGAUCCGUGGCUGCGCGAACGACUUCAUGCUCAUACUGGAAAGGGGGCCUGGGGGUGUGUUUCUCAUUCAGAUCAAGGUGAUUUCUUGGCGUCCAGAUGGAUAUAUGCAGCACAUCUCGGGACCUCUGCAUGCCGAGACGAUGACAGGUUUGAGGGCAGCAGAAGUGAGUGCUGAAUUUGGCCCACACAGGGUGGUACCUGAAUCUGACUCCAAGGUCCUUGUCCAAGCUCUGAACUCUGAUGAUUACGACCGGGCCACGAUUGGCGUCCUGUUACACGAGACGCAUAGUGUAUGUCAUGCAAACUUUGAGCCAUUUAGUUUCAAUUUUUGUAAAAGGGAUUGUAAUAAGGUGUCCCAUGAACUAGCCGCAUUUGGCUUCAGGGCAAGAGCUGCUGAUCUUUCGUGGAUCGAGUAGGCUCCAGACUGUGUUUCGAUGCUGGUCGCCAGCGAGAUCGGUGCGUGUGUUUAGUAAUAGAAUGAAUUUUCCGGUUAAUAAAAAGAAGCUGAGAAUUGCCCAUAAUAGAGUGAAAGAUUUAACAACGAGAAGGCUGAGUUUGAGCAAGCUUCCUUUAGAAAAGGUAUCGUUCCUUGUCUCUGACCUCUUUCUUGUGUGCCUAUCGCUAGCUAGCGAUGUUUUUGUUAUGAAUUUUUUUGUGAAGUUCACCCUCGGCAUGGACAACAUGUCAUGGACCCUCUGUUCCUAGGGGGCCGAUUGUAUUUUUAUGAGGGGGAUAUUAUUCUUUUUAGUAGUUCAUCACGCCAUCAUGUUAGUAUUGUUGAAC